GACACGGGGAGCGCCUUUCGCGCGAACGCGUCGUCACUCCUGUCCAAGUUCGUCGCCGACGCCAGGGCUGCCGAAGAGCCCCAAGUCAUGCACAAGGUGCUGAAAUUCUUGGAGGCGAACGCGAUGCUCAUCCACCACUACGUGAAAGACAUGAGAGGCAAGAUGGGCACCUUCGUGCAGUCGAUGCCCACGGGUCUUCUGCAGACGUCGGUGGACCUCCUACCGGAAUUGGAAAACAUCACGAGGCUCAUCGACAUACCAGGCGUUGCUAAAGGCCACAAGCGCAACGAGGACCUCACUGACCUGGAUCAGUUCUGCGUGCACUUGGAACCGCUGUUGAAGAACUCCUCGAAAGCAGUGGAGGAGCUCAAGGACAUGAUCAUGAUGGUGAACGACACGCAGGACAGCAUCCCCGUGAUCGGGCGCUUCAUGGAGCAGAUCCUCCCGGACAUCGCGCCCGCCGCUCACCCACCGCGCGCCGCGGUCUGCCGCCGCGCUUUUCACCCGAGAGGCGCGCGACCCCGCUUCACCAUGGAUGUGCUGCGGGAGUGCGCCGAUCUGGCACUGUCCGCUUGGUCCAAUGACCAGGACACCGCUCUCGUGGUGACGGCCUUCGUGGUCGGCUGGCUCCUGAUCCGAGCGGACCUCGUCAGCGGCGUCGCCGGGGCCGCCGGCAGGCUGUUCGAGACUGGCGCAGCGGGAGCCUCGAGCGCCCGGAGCCCCAUCGGCGGUGUCACGGAGGCCGUCGGCAGGCUGCCCGAGAAGGGCACGGGGGCCUCGGACGCCCGGAAGGCGCUUUGCAGAGAUCGAGGCCGUGGCGUGCUUGCCGCGGGGGUCUCGCAGACGGCGGCGGUGGCGGCCUGA